CCUCCAUCCCACCUGGUUCCUGGAAGGAUGCUCCCAGCUGUCUCUGGUCCUAUUCCCCGUCAUCACGUUUCCUGGGAUUUCGGGGUCAGAUGUUUGAGGAACAUUCACCCUGUAUUCCUAUUUCUCUUCCUUCUAAGUCUUGCCUCCUGCUAGUGCCGAAUCCAUAAUUGUCCCACCCCUAUACCUUCCAGGUGACUAAUUUCCCUGCAGUACCUGACUCUAAGCUUUGCAAACUCGCCCACCCAGUCCUUGUAAUUUCCUGCGCCACCUGCUCCGUGAAACCAUCUUCCAGUCAUCUCUUGCCCCAUCAAGUCAACUUCUCUUUCCUACCACACCCCCUUUCUCUUCCAGUUCCUUAAAAGUGGAAUUCUAUUUUUUAUGCCAUAGGAAAGCUCAGUUUCCACGUCAUCUUUGCCACCUUCAACUCUUUAAAUUCGUUUGGGUGUUGAAUGGGGAGGGAAGAGGGAACCUCUCCCAGCUAUUCGAUUAAAAGGACAAUAAGUACUACCAGUUUCUCAAACAAUUAGGUCUGCAUCCUAACUGGCAGUUUGUUGAUGUAUAUGGAAUGGAUCCUGAACUCCUUAGCAUGGUACCAAGACCAGUGUGUGCAGUGUUACUUCUCUUCCCUAUUACAGAAAAGGAUGAGCUCAGCAUUGUAAAAAAUGAAGUAAAUGCUUGGGAAGAUGUGAGAGAAAUGAUAUGAAGUAUUCAGAACAGAAGAAGAGGAAAAAAUAAAAUCUCGGGGACAAGAUGUUACAUCGUCAGUAUAUUUCAUGAAGCAAACAAUCAGCAAUGCCUGUGGGACAAUUGGACUAAUCCAUGCUAUUGCCAACAAUAAAGACAAGAUGCACUUUGAAUCUGGAUCAACCUUGAAAAAAUUCCUGGAGGAGUCUGCAUCAAUGAGCCCUGAAGAACGAGCCAGAUACCUGGAGAACUAUGACGCCAUUCGAGUUACUCAUGAGACCAGUGCCCAUGAAGGUCAGACUGAGUCCUCCUCGCCAUCCUCAUCACAGCCUCAUUCUAGCCACUGCAGAACGAAGGCCUCAUCAUUGUGUCACCAUGCAUCCCUGCCCUGGGUCAAACGUAGCCAUGUAGGCCCUGCAAAGGCUACCAGUCCAUCUCUUCGUCUUCGUCGCUGGCGACCCUUCUUACGUCUGCCAUCUUUGGGUCUCCAUUCUGUUGCACCAAAUAUAGAUGAAAAAGUAGAUCUUCAUUUUAUUGCAUUAGUUCAUGUAGAUGGGCAUCUCUAUGAAUUAGAUGGACGAAAACCAUUUCCAAUUAACCAUGGGGAAACUAGUGAUGAAACUUUAUUAGAGGAUGCCAUAGAAGUUUGCAAGAAGUUUAUGGAACGUGACCCUGAUGAACUGAGAUUCAAUGCCAUUGCUCUUUCUGCAGCAUAGCCCAUCCAGAAUGGAAACACCAAAUACUGUAUUAUUUGCAACAAAAUUAAAUGUCCUCUGCCAGACACUAACUCACAAAUUUUGAUAUUUUCAUUAACUUGACAGAUUAAACUUUAUGUGAACUAAACUUUGACUUAA